AUGACACCGGGCGAGCAGAGGCGACCGUUGGCCCCUGCAGCAACACUGGUUUCAAGAGAAUUGGUUUGGUUUCAAAGAAUAAACAACUACAAUAGUGAUUUUGGGAUCGUCCAGGCGGAGACGCGCGUAUAUAACCGUGUCCGUGUGGAUCAUGCGUGCGCUCCCGUGAGACGCGGCAGGACGCACGGGGGAGUUGAUACUGGAGGAGAAGCGCGCACCUCAGCUGGAGCCAUGGGAGGUCACAUCACCAGGAAUUCCUUGUACGAUUCCAUGAGUGGUCCGUUUCCCUCCACGACGCACAGAUGUCAUCAUAAACCAAAGCGCUGGCCGGCCCUCCCCCAGUGCGGCCUGUCCUCGUUCCCCCUGCAGUUCCACCCCAGCACCAAAGGCUCCCAGAUCCUCAUGGACCUGUCCCAUAGGACGGUAAAGAGACAGAGCAGCUUCUGCAACGCCAUCACCUUCAGCAACCGGCCCAUCGCGGUCUACGAGCAGGUCCGCCUCAAGAUCACCAAGAAGCAGUGCUGCUGGAGCGGUGCGCUGCGACUGGGCUUCACUUCAAAGGACCCGUCUCGGAUCCGGCCGGACAGUCUGCCCAAGUACGCCUGUCCCGACCUGGUGUCUCAGAGCGGCUUCUGGGCCAAGGCUCUGCCCGAGGAGCUGUCCGACGAAGGCACCGUGCUGUCCUUCUGGGUGGACAAGAAGGGCCGGGUCUUCUACCGAGUCAACCAGUCGCCCGCCAUGCUGUUCUUCAGCGGCGUGCACAUGGCCGAGCCGCUGUGGGCGCUCAUCGACGUCUACGGCCUCACCAGGGGGGUCCAGCUGCUCGCAGCACAUCAAGAUGGCGUCGUUCAUCUAGCGCUUGACCGGCCGCCACAACAUGCUGUCCAGUUUGGUUAA